GUCCAUGCAUCCACUGCCCAAUAUCUCUUCUUCCUCCUUUUUCACCAACACAACACUGCAGAUUCCUUCUCUCUCUAGCCCAACAACCUUAUAGAGAGAGUGUGUGUGAUAAAUAGUGGAGGGGGUAGUGCUAUUCCAACGUCGAAAGUUCCAUUCUUGUCUCUUUUACUCCAAUUUGCACAACGCACAGGUUACUCAAUUCAAUUUUCCUUCUCUCUCUCUCUGUAUUUCAUGCUUUACCAGACACGUGAUUCAAUUGCUCUCGAGAAGCCUCAAUUAAUCGGUUUAAUUACUUCCUAGUGCUAUUCGGUUACGAUUCCUCUCUAAAAUUGUUUUUUCCUGCUGAUUUAAGGUGAAAUUUACUGAUUUCGAAAAGUUAAUUGACACAAUGUAAAGGUGUUAUCCAUAAAAGUCGUGCUGAUGGAAUAGAGCUAAUCUUUCGUCAAAGAGAGAGGAGAGAAUGGGUUCGUGGGCGUACUUUGAUCCUGAGUACGAGACAUUAAGCAUCAGAAUAAAUCCUCCUCAGGUUUCUGUGGACAACUCUAGCUGCAGGGAAUGCACUCUGGUCAAGGUUGACAGCAUGAACAAACCAGGGAUACUGCUUGAGGUGGUGCAAAUCCUCACGGACCUUGACCUUACAAUUACGAAAGCUUACAUUUCCUCUGAUGGCGGGUGGUUUAUGGAUGUGUUUCACGUCACUGAUCAACACGGGCAAAAGAUUAGCGAUAGCAAGACUAUUGAAUACAUAGAAAAGGCUCUAGGACCAAAAGGAAGCAUGUCAGGCUUAUUGAAGCCAUCUCCCGGGAAGAGGGUGGGGUUGGACUCUGUGGGUGACUGCACUGCUAUUGAGCUUAUAGGCCCGGAUCGGCCCGGUCUCUUAUCAGAGAUUUCUGCUGUGCUUGCCAAUCUCCAGAUCAAUGUUGCUGCUGCUGAAGUUUGGACCCAUAACCGACGCAUAGCAUGCGUUCUUUACGUUAAUGAUGACACCACCAACCGUGCUGUGGUUGAUGCCUCACGGUUGGCAGCUAUGGAAGAGCAGCUCAAGAACAUUCUCCGUGGUUGUAGUUCUGACGAUUCAGUAGCUUGUACCAGCUUUUCCAUGGGUUCAACCCACAUCGAUAGACGCCUGCACCAGCUGUUCUUUGCUGACAGAGACUAUGAAGUUACUGGAACCGAGCAGGGUUGUCCUGUCAAACCAAAUGUGACCAUUGAGCGGUGCGAAGAGAAAGAUUACUCUGUGGUUACUGUCAAGUGCAAAGAUAGACCAAAGCUCAUGUUCGACAUUGUGUGCACCCUUACAGACAUGCAGUACAUCGUCUUCCACGCCACAAUCUCAUCUGACGGCCCCUAUGCUUCACAGGAAUAUUUUGUACGCCAUAUGGACGGUUGCACACUACAGACAGAAGCAGAGAAAGAAAAGGCCAUCAAGUGUCUCGAAGCAGCAAUCAGACGAAGAACAAGUGAGGGUCUAAGCUUGGAGCUUUGUGCAAAGGACCGAGUAGGGCUGCUCUCAGAAGUAACUCGAAUCCUCCGAGAGACUGGACUCUCAGUGACGAGAGCAGGUGUGACAACAGUCGGGGAGCAAGCCAUGAACGUGUUUUACGUGAGUGAGGCAUCGGGAAAACCAGUAGAUGCAAGGACCAUAGAAGCCCUGCGCAAGGAGAUUGGGCAGACGAUGAGGCUCAACGUGAAGAAGGCACCGAUGAACACUAAAACACUCGAAGCAAGUGGUUGGGCAAAGACUAGCUUCUUCUUUGGAGGUUUGCUGGAAAAGUUUCUACCUUGAAUUUGUACAACAAUUUCACUCUACUAAGAAAACCAUUCAUGUUUUCUCAGCUUUCUGCAAGAUUUCUAUGUGUUGACUUCCCCACUUCAUCAAAACUGUAAAAAUGAAGUGAGGAGUUGUAAUAAAAGCUGUGCUAUUAUACUAGAAAUUGUUGCUAUCAUAUUGAAACUCUUGUACAUAAGGUUUCCAUGUAAAUUAUAAAUAUAUGGGAUCCUAUUUAAUGGUGUGAUUACUGCUUUUGGAGCUAUCUA